CGAAGACCAUGCCAGCAGGUGAAGGCUGAGCUCGCAGUGACCGGCUGCGCUGCCGCUUUCCCGGCUGGCAGCAGCCCGCGGCUCCUUUGUCACCGCUCCCUCGGCGGCGCUGGCGGUGGCGGCGGCGGUGCGCCCAGCCCGCAGGCUGGCAGCGCUGGGAUCGCCGGGAGGCAGCCGGGCGGGCGGCAGGAGGGCUUAGGACCCAGGGGGACGGCAGCCGCCGAGUGGAAGGACCCAAGCUUUGGUGCACACGCCUCCUACCAAAAAAAAAUCGUAGCCCCGUGGAGCUGGCGCUCGCUCAUUCACAGUUUUCUAGAGAGAUCUGAGCCUGAACCUGGGAGCCGGGAGAUCUUUCUCACCCACCCAGCGCAACAGCAAGGACACCUACGGGGGGGGGGGGAAUCGUCCCACGCAGCCCCCCGCCGCCCCACGGCAGGCUGCCGGCGCUGCGCAGGGACGAUUUAUUGUAAAUGGCUGUGAAAAGACAUUGGGAGAGCAAAUAGGGAACAAAGAAUCACAACCCAGAAAAACAGCUGUUGAGACUACAACAAAGAGUCUAGUGUGCCAACAUGGAGCAACAAUAUUCAAGUAAGUGAUGGAAUAGACAACACUUUUCUUUGGAUGGAUUAUACUACAUGUGAACUGACCGUUACUCUUCCUGCAAGAAUAAGAAAAGCCCUUCACUUUCACCUGUUAAAUACCAACUUGAUAGCAAAAAGCUGCUGAAUGGCUGACACUCACAGCAGACCUUCAACUGAAUGGGAUCAGCACUUCCCCUACUAAAAUAUCUGAAGAUAAGGAUUUGGAAAACACGUUUUUGCAGAGAUGACCCAUUUACAAGCUGGACUUAGUCCAGAGACUAUAGAGAAAGCCCGCCUGGAACUGAAUGAAAACCCAGACAUUUUGCAUCAGGACAUCCAGCAAGUCAGGGACAUGAUCAUCACAAGGCCUGACAUCGGGUUUUUACGUACAGAUGAUGCCUUCAUCUUGAGGUUUCUCCGAGCCAGAAAGUUUCACCAAACUGAGGCCUUCAGACUGCUGGCUCAGUACUUCCAGUACCGCCAGUUAAAUCUGGAUAUGUUCAAAAACUUCAAGGCUGAUGAUCCAGGAAUCAAACGGGCUCUGACAGAUGGGUUCCCGGGAGUACUGGAAAAUCGCGAUCACUGCGGCAGGAAGAUUCUUCUGCUUUUUGCAGCCAACUGGGAUCAGAGUAGGAACUCCUUCAUAGAUAUCCUUCGGGCUAUCCUACUGUCCUUGGAAGUGCUCAUCGAAGAUCAGGAGCUUCAGAUAAAUGGCUUCAUUCUAAUUAUAGACUGGAGCAACUUUUCCUUCAAGCAAGCCUCCAAGCUUACGCCAUCUAUCCUUAAACUGGCCAUUGAAGGGUUACAGGACAGCUUUCCUGCCCGUUUCGGAGGAGUCCAUUUUGUCAACCAGCCCUGGUACAUCCAUGCCCUGUACACACUAAUCAAACCGUUCCUCAAAGACAAGACAAGGAAAAGGAUCUUUCUUCACGGUAACAACCUGAACAGCCUUCACCAGCUAAUACACCCUGAAUGCCUGCCUUCUGAAUUUGGGGGGACUCUUCCUCCAUACGACAUGGGGACGUGGGCACGAACGUUACUCGGUCCUGACUACAGCGAUGAAAAUGAGUACACUCACACCUCGUACAAUGCCAUGCAUGUGAAGCACGCAUCCUCCAACCUGGAGCGGGAGGCUUCGCCCAAACCCAUGAAAAGGUCCCAGUCUGUGGUGGAAGCCGGCACGCUGAAACAUGAAGACCAGGGGGAAAGCGAGAACACCCAACCACUGCUGGCUCUGGACUGAGCUCCCAUGUGCCCAGCACACAAAGACACAUUAACAGACUUCCACCAGAAACCCACCGAGCACAUGACACACAUACACACACACACACGCGUUUUGCUUGAGAACAAGUCCUUCGUGUUUCUUGACCAAGUAACAAAUGUCACCAGCCAUCUGUCCAUGCAGCUGAUGCUGAACAAAACUGAGAAAUUUCUAUUGACACAGGAGUCUGUCCAUAUACAAAUAUUUUUUUUUCUUUUUGACUUAUGACAUUAAAAUACCAGAAAUAAUGGAACUGCAUUCUCUGUUUAAAGAAACAAGAGUGUGCCAGUACUUUUCCUGAAGACUCCAGCAGGGAUGCUCCAUUUUAUAGAAGCAAAGGUUAAGUGUGUUUUAAAGAAAAGCAUCUCAAAUUUAAACUUUGCACUGUAAUCAGCAGCUUAAUUUGGCUCAGAGGGCAGAAACAGCAGCGUCUACAGAGUACUCAAGUUUUACAGAAGGAUUUUGCAUUAAAAAAAAGAAAAAAAUAGCCAGCGUAAUGCCAUUCAACAUGACACUUCGUGACUGCUUCAUCCAUGCUGCUUAUAGGGGGUCACAUUUCAGUAUCUAGCAAAAAUUACUCUUAACUUCUGAAGCCCUUAUAAAACUGUCAGCUAAGUGGAAUGAGCUAUGUGGGCAGCAGACAUACACAAUUUGAAAUGCAGUUAUUUAAUUUUAAUGAUGUGUUUUUCCACAGGCAACUUGGGAGCCUAUUAGAGAUGUGCGUGUGCGCGUGUGAAGGGGGUGUGCUAGGGAGACCCAUCGGACACAUUCACCAGUGAUUAAUGGCUCAAUCUAGAUUGAUUCAUUUAGGUCACAACAGCAAAUGAAAGCUCUGCAGAGUCAUUUACCCCCUUCCCUCCUGCAGUCAGUGAAAGGUGUAGCCAGAAUGGUAUGCUGAUCGCAGAUGCAGGCAAUCAGAUGGUUAAAAUGAAAAAGGAAAACUUAGGUUUAAUUAUUCAGUACAAGCUCCUGCUAGAAGGAAAUGUGGAAGAAUAGAAGAACUGAAAUGCCAAAGAUCAGUUUGUUAUUUCUCUAUUUGCUCUAGCUGCAAAGAGAGUCCCAUCCCUUCAUUGCAAUGGAAACCGGAUCAAAGAAAUAAAAGAAAAAUUGUUAUCAAGUUGCAUGUGCAGUGACUUUAUUUCCUAAAAUGGUUACAACCACUGUACACACCUUUAGUGUUCAAUUAAAUUGCCAUAUAUUGACAAUUUACUAGAAUAAGCAGUUAGCAACAACACAUCAAAGGUAGCAGUGUAAACCAUAUAUAUAAAAUGAGAUGAUAAUAGGCACAACACAGUGCCUCUGGUA